AUGGAGACCUGUGGCAAAAUGGUGCCCAUCCUCGCCAUCCUGGCGGCGCUCGCCGUCACCGCCGGCGCCGCGGCCGUCGACCUGCCGAAACCGAGAGGCCAGCAGGUCCACCUGUUCGAGGCCACGGUCCGCGUCCCCGACCGAGGCGCGGACGACUUGGAGGAGUACAACUACCGCCUGCUCGCAACUGUGCUCGGCAGCUUCGAGGCAGCACGGAGCGUAAUGUAUGAGACUGAACUUGGGAUAUUCAGCGCGUUCCUCACCAACAACCAGGCUCGUAGAUUAUCAAAAGUCCCAGGGGUGCUGUCAGUUAAACGAAGGGAGGACCCUGCGCUUCCGGAGACGGACGGCCAUCUCUAA